GACGUGUGAAUGGAUCUGUCGAGCAGAAAGGAAAGGCAGUUUAAUUGCAGUGAAGAGAAGGGAGAAAACCCAGCGAUGGCCUCGCUGAGACAGGAGCACCACUAUGGGCUCUCCUCCGGAAAAACUAACAGAAAUACUCGGAGCAAAACACUUUACCACGUCAAGCUCACCGACACGGCUAUCAGAGCACUGGAAUCCUACCAAAACCUAAAGGAAUCCUUACCAAGUCAACCCACUAUUUGCUUCAAAGGAAACCAAGGGUUCAUCAAGAUCCCGGCCCCUGCUGCUGAGACCGCCGAGACCCUGCGUCUCUUCUCCUUCUACCUGUCCAGCGACAGCAAGGACCAGCCGCAGGCCAGCUUUGACUGCAUCCACCAAUAUGUGUCCAGGGAGGGCAGGGAGCAGCUGGAGGGCCAGGGCAGCAUCCAGGACAAGAUCACGGUGUGCGCCACCGACGACUCCUACCAGAUGACCCGGGAGAGGGUGUCCCAGGUGGAGAAGGACAGCUGGAGCCGCUCGGCCAUCGAGAUCAAGCCCGGAGCCACUUAUCCCAAUAAAUGUGUCAAGUUCCCCAAGCGGCCGGUCCUGUACCCUGCCACCGCUCCCCCACCAGACCAUGGUCUCCUCAAGCACUCCCCCCCCAACCGGAGGGCCCCAGGGCCGCCCGGGGCCCCAGGGGUGGUGACCCAGCGGCCCCUGAAGGAGCGGGUCAUCCACCUACUGGCCCUCAAGCCCUACCGCAAGCCUGAGCUGCUGCUAUGGCUGGACCGCGAGAGGGCCCCGCCGCGGGACAAGGCCGACCUGGGCCCCGUGCUGGACGAGGUGGCCAGGCUGAGUGCCAAAGACAGCGGUUACCUGCUGAGGGACGACUUCUACAGGCUGGUACAGAAGGACUGGCCCGGCUACUCCGAGGAUGAGCGACAGCUGCUGGGAAGACUCCUGGCCAGGAAGACGCACAUGCAGAACAUCAGCCAAUCACGGACUUCCCUCCCCAGCCCAUCCCUUCAGAAGACCUCCGAGAAUUCCACGCAGAAUCCCAACGCAGCCAAAAAUCGAACAGUGAAACGCCCAGUGCCUUCAGACCCGCAGGACAGCGGGGCGCUCAAGAAGCCCAGGCUAGUGGACGGCAGGCUAGCGGACGGCAGGCUAACGGACGCAAGGCUAGCUGAGGCUAGGCUAGCGUCAGACGUGAGGCUCCGCCCCCCGCUUCCCGUGACAAGCACCACCAACAUGACAAAGAUAAAAUCAGGCCUAGGCCAGACCCCUGCUUUCUCUGACCCCAGCUUCCACACUAAGACUGAGAUCCAGGCGACCACAGCUCAGAGCCAAGUGGUAGCCGGUCAAAAUGGCUUCCCAAUCGUUCACAAACUGUUCGGCUCCCCCUUGGAGCCAGACGUCAGGAAAGAGGGCCCCACCGCCCCGAUUGGCCAUCAGGGAGCCGGCCCUGAUGCUGGCCAGCCCCAGACACUCGCCAGCAACCAGCACAAGAAGAAGAAGUCCAAAAAGCACAAGGACAAGGAGCGGGAGAGGUUAAAAGACAAGGAAGAGCGUCCGUGGAUAGAAAGCAGCCUGGACAAACUCCACAGUGGCCAGGCUGAGUGCCAAAGACAGCGGCUACCAGCUGAGGGACGGCUUCUACAGGCUGGUACAGAAGGACUGGCCCGGCUACUCGGAGGAGGAGAGACAGCGGCUGGGAAGACUCCUGGCCAGAACCACCCAGUGCCUUCGGACCCGCAGGACUGCGGGCUCCUAAACAGGCCCCGACUAGUGGACGCCAGGCUAGCGGACGGCAGGCUAGCGGACGCCAGGCUAACGGACGCAAGGCUAACUGAGGCUAAGCUAGCUGAGGCGAGGCUAGCUGAGGCGAGGCUAGCUGAGGCUAGGCUAGCGUCAGAUAUGACAAAGAUCAAAGCAGGCCUUGGCCCGAUCUCUCCUGUCACUGACCCCAGCUUCCACACUAAGACUGAGAUCCAGGCGACCACAGCUCAGAGCCAAGUGGUAGCCGGUCAAAAUGGCUUCCCAAUCGUUCACAAACUGUUCGGCUCCCCCUUGGAGCCGGCAAAGCCAGAGGCCAGGACAGAAAGCCCCACCACCCCGAUUGGCCAUCAGGGAGGUGGCCAGCACAAGAAGAAGUCCAAAAAGGAGCGGGAGAGGUUAAAAGACAAGGAAGAGCGUACGUGGAUAGAAAGCAGCCCGGAGCACAAGCAGAGCCUCGACAAACUCCACGAUCCUGAAAUUAUCAAUGCUGUGCCAUCUGAGGAGAAACCGGACUACGUUCUGAAAUACCCCAGCAUCGUCACUGUGGAGCAGCGUGAGGGCUACCAGACGGACUUCUGCAGCGAGUACAGCGAGUACAUUGACCUGCACUCCCGGAUCGCCACCAUCACACACAUGUUCGUUCAGCUGGCCUCCAAGAUCAAGAGCCUCUCGCCAGGGACACAGCAAUACAAGAUAAUGGAAGACCAAAUAAUGGAGAAGUACAAGAAGUAUAGGAAUAAGUUCCCAGGCUACCGGCAAGAGAAGAAACGCUGUGAAUAUCUUCACGAGAAGCUGUCUCACAUCAAACAGCUCAUCACAGAUUACGACGUCACGCAGACCUCCACCUCCUCGUAGCAGUGGCUCCUCCCCCCACGUGUGACCCACUCAUCACUGGGAUGGGAGAGUCCCUACUUUACAUAAAAGAACAGUGUGGCUUUAAAGAUGAGAAUAAAGUAGUUCUCGCUUUAAGCAUCCUUGGGAUCUUACUUCUAGGGUCGUGGCGGAGGAUGAAUGGAUGAAGCUGUGAGUUGCUUUAAAGACACACAAGGUGACUCUGUCAACUCUCUGGACUGUUUUAGGUCCAUUCGCUUCAAAGUCUAGCCACUCUGCUGUCCGGAAUCAAAACUCCACAGGAAAUAAUAUCCCUCACAUUUCAGAGAUUACUUUUAAAGGUACCGCCCUUUGUGCUCGCAUAUUAAUGUGUGCAUAUGAAGUUAAGCGAUAUAAUUGAUUAUAGUUUUUAUUUUAUUUUAUUUUGAUUACUAUUAUAUGUAUCAUUUUUAUUCUUGUUUUUUGUUAUUAUUAUUAUUAUUAUUUUUUUAUUAUUAUUAUUAUUAUAUUACUAUCUAUUGUCGUUUAAGAAAUUUGUUUAAGUUUAGGAGGUAGUGAAAAUUACAUACCAAUUCGGAAUUCACGGCAUGUUUUUCAUCCGUUCAAACCAUCCUUAAUGCAAGCAAAACAAAGCAAUGUGUGUUCAAAAUGUAAUUUAGGAAAUAUAGCAACUGAUUGACAUUGGAUUACACUACCUCUUGUGCAUCUAACAUCUCGAUUUCAACCCUUAUUCCAUGUCCGAACCGUAAUUUUCUUCGCCUGUGAAGCGUAGGUUGUGUAGGCUGACCUUUUGACAUAGACAGAAUUUCUGAUUCAAACGCAUACGCAAGACGUACGCAUGUUUGGAUACAAGAAGACUGAAUCCGAUAGACUUUAUGAUCAGUGCAAUCCCUGGAUCUUCAGAAUGAUAAGAAUCUUUUAGAAUCAGAAACGUAUGAGAAACGGUGGAAGAAGUGGUGGAAAAGCUAAUGAGAAAACUGUGCUUUAUUUUAUUACAAUGAAAGUAUUUACCAUACCCCUUCCUUUUGAACGACCAUCAAGGGACCAAAAAGGCAAAAGCCUGUAGACCACUGACGCACACUUUUUGAUAAGCAUUAUCUUUUUGCAGUUUAUCUAUAUUAUUAAUUACAGCAUAUCAUGUUUUGUAGACACGCGUCGGAAAUGUCUCUUUUUGUCAUUUUUGUAAUGCCCUGGACUACUGAUGUAUUUAUUUAACACUAAUCUAUGUUCUCAAACACUAUCUGUUAUGUGUUCUCAAACACUAUCUAUACCAUGAAGACAUUUUGAGGGGGACUGAGAAGAACAAGAUGGUACAACUAGGAAGAGGAUUUUAUCUAUUAUCUAAUCUGGUUUGGCUUCCAGUGUCCACUGGAGAGUCGUUUGAAUCUUUGUCACGUCCUACGAAACUGGGCCUGUUUUUGAAGGAACCUUUGAGACCAUAUUGGUCUGAAACAAAUAUAUGUAAGUUGGUUCCAACCUGCUGUGGUGAAAGGUGGAGGAGGCCUGCCACUCUUCAGUUGGUCACAAUAGCCCCCAACACAAUGCCGUUGGAAAGUGUGCUGUCUGAAUUGACAUUCAUGUUGUACUAUAAUUUUUCAUCGUUGGUUGCAGCCUUGGCACUGAAUGUCAAAACACACAGCCGACAAAUUAGAGGCCUUAAGAAGACACGACCAAUCAAUCAAGCUGACAAUUGUUAUGGUUCUCAUUAUCCUCUUCUGACAUCUGCUAUCUGCCUUAAUGGAUUUAUUAUGCCGAGAGCUGUGCCCACAUUUAGUACUACACAAUUAGGGAGAACUUCCUCUCAUUGACUCUCUCUACUUAGGAAGAUUCCAAUAUGACUUUCACAGGGAGUCUUUGAUUUGUAGCCUAUCACAGAAGAGGAUGUUGUUGAUUGACUGAACCCUAUGAUUAAGUGUACCAAUGUAACUAUAUUGAUGACAUUUCAGGUACUUUGAAUACUGUAAAAUUUCCUGUUCCAGGUUAAAAAAAAAAAGGCACAUUGCCUUUUGCCAACGUGGUUGUGAAGCAGGAUUUUCAAACAGAGAAAUCCCCAGAUGGACUUUGGAGUUUGAUGACAGUGUUUUUUUCUAAGAGUGACGGCUUUUGAUUUGAAGACUUUGUACAAUUUGUUCUGGGUAAAAGAAUCACUGUUCUGUCCGAGUGACGAUCAAAACCAAACUUGCUGACAACAACGUUGGGAUGGGAUUGUGUGUGUGUCUCCAGCGACCACCAGUGUGUGCACUGCAAAAUAUGUGUUAAAUGUGAGGCUAUAUACCUGCUGAAGGAAAGCUGUGUUUCGCUCACAGGUAGUAUAAAAGGAGAUUAUGCAUUCAAUUGCAUUGUUUAUAAAUUGCAUUUUACAAAUGUAUACUUUCUCUGUCUGAAUUCAAAAGAAUAAAAAAAAAGAUUCAUUGCAA